CACGGUCACUGCAAGUGCUGUUUCUGCCUUUGGUGAGAGAAGCAGAGACUCAAGAGCGGGGAGACCUCCGAGGCAAAGAGACAUCGGACAUGUGUCAGCAUAUCUGGGGAGCACAUCCGAAGAGCCCGAGGGGAGAUUUGCCGAAACAAUUCAAACUGCGUUAUUGAUCUUGGGGGUGACUGCCCCUGGCCGGCUGUCGGGUGGGAGCGCGAGUGUGCGCUCUCUGGAGAGUGUGUGCCUGUGUGUAUGAGUGUGCUGUGUCGGGCUCCCCCCUUCCCCCCUGUUUUCCCGUCGAGUGAUGCACCUGGAAUGAGAAGCAGAGGAUGGAAAUAGUCUGGGAGGUGCUUUUUCUUCUUCAAGCCAAUUUCAUCGUCUGCAUAUCAGCUCAACAGAAUUCACCAAAAAUCCAUGAAGGCUGGUGGGCAUACAAGGAGGUGGUUCAGGGAAGCUUUGUUCCAGUUCCUUCCUUUUGGGGAUUGGUAAACUCAGCUUGGAAUCUUUGCUCCGUUGGGAAACGGCAGUCGCCAGUCAACAUAGAGACCAGUCACAUGAUCUUCGACCCUUUUCUGACACCUCUACGCAUCAACACCGGAGGCAGGAAGGUCAGUGGGACUAUGUACAACACCGGAAGGCAUGUGUCCCUCCGCCUGGACAAGGAGCACUUGGUCAACAUUUCAGGAGGGCCCAUGACAUACAGCCACCGCCUGGAGGAGAUCCGGCUACACUUUGGGAGUGAGGACAGCCAAGGGUCAGAGCACCUCCUCAAUGGACAGGCCUUCUCUGGGGAGGUACAACUCAUCCACUAUAACCACGAGCUGUACACAAAUGUCACAGAAGCUGCAAAGAGUCCAAACGGAUUGGUGGUAGUUUCUAUAUUUAUAAAAGUUUCUGAUUCAUCAAACCCAUUUCUUAAUCGAAUGCUCAACAGAGAUACUAUCACAAGAAUAACAUAUAAAAAUGAUGCAUAUUUACUACAGGGACUUAAUAUAGAGGAACUGUAUCCAGAGACCUCUAGUUUUAUCACUUAUGAUGGGUCGAUGACUAUCCCACCCUGCUAUGAGACAGCGAGUUGGAUAAUAAUGAACAAGCCUGUAUACAUAACCAGGAUGCAGAUGCAUUCCCUACGCCUCCUCAGCCAGAAUCAGCCAUCGCAGAUCUUUCUGAGCAUGAGUGACAACUUCAGGCCUGUGCAGCCACUCAACAACCGCUGUAUCCGUACCAAUAUCAACUUCAGUUUACAGGGGAAGGACUGUCCUAACAACAGGGCCCAGAAGCUACAGUACAGAGUAAACGAAUGGCUCCUCAAGUAGGGAACUAAGCCAAGAAGAAUCCAACCUCAGUGAAGUUCUACAACUGUGAAUUGACGUAACCCAGAAUGCCCUCCUCUUUCUUCCUUCUCUUUCCU